AUGUCAUUUAUUGAAGGUACAAAAAAUAAGAAAGUACUUGAAGCAUUCGUCUAAGAGAUGGAAAUGAAGGUCUUUUGGAGAAAUGUGCAACUCUACUCUGCUCUAUUUGUAUACCUAUUUGUGAUAUUUGUAAGAAUUCAUAGCAGUAACUUUGAAAAUUAGACUUCAGUAGUUCUAUUUUUGUACAAAUCAAUAUCUAUAAGAAUUAACGAGCUUUUGAUAAAAAUCAAUCAAAAUGAAGCGGUUUCUAAUGCUUUAUUUUUUGUCUCUGGAUUGCUCUCAGUUUGUGCUAUCUUGCAUAUACUGAUAUUGAUUAAGAUCAUUACAAUCUAGAUUAUUAGUAUUUUAACUUUAAUCUCAAUGUCCAUUCUAAAUCAUUACGGGUCACAGAAAUUGACAACAUAUGCAGAUGAUAAUUGCAAUGAUAAGACAGGAAAUAGUGAUUUAUAAAAAAUAGAUGAACUUUAUGACAUGGCCAAUACCUAUAUAUGCACUGAAGAAUGUCCUUGUCUUAUAGGUACUAUUGUAGCAUUUUAAAUUAGUUCUAACAGAUCGACAUAAUUGGCCAGAAUCUUUGCGAUUGAAUAUAGUUUAAAAUAACAACGGAAUUACAAAUUUUGA